AUGUCAUCGUCGUCAGCAUCGUCACAAAUCAUUCUUGACAUUGCUCAUGUAUAUAUUGUAUAUGCAUUUACGACUGUACUAAUUAUUGGACUUGUCGGAAAUCUUUGUAAUAUUGUCAUUUUUAUCUGUGUAAAACAAUUUCGAAAAUGCUCGGGGGCAUUCUAUAUUAUUGCUGAAUCUGUUGCUGAUGAGACUGUAUUAUUAGUGGGCCUAGUACCGCGCAUUGUCGUGGAGAUAUUUGGCUUCGAUCCAGCCCGCAUUUUACUCAUCUGGUGUAAACUACGAAUUCCAUUUAGUCAAUGGGGUACACUGUUGAGCUUAUCUGCAGUGAAUUUUGCGACUUUUGAUCAAUAUCUUUCCACCAGUUGUGAUUCUCGCUUGAGAGAACUGAGUACGACUAAGUUAGCCAAAUAUUUUAUCGGUAUCGCUUCGAUCAUCUGGUUUCUCUACAACAUCCCAUUUUUCAUAUUGUAUGAUAUACAAAUAUCCUUUGGUUGUCUUUUGAAAAGUGUUGAAUUAUCACGUUAUUACUCGUAUUUUCAUUUAUUGGUUCUUUAUGGUCUCUUACCUGUUUUUCUCACAACAACAUUUAGCAUACUAGCUUAUCGAAAUGUCCGUCAAAUUCGUCGAUUACAGAUGACCAAUAUUCGUCGACGACUCGAUCGUCAAUUGACAGCAAUGAUUCUUGCUCGUGUCGCAUUUUUGGUUCUUUGUCUUAUACCAUUCAUUAUUCAACGUUUUUAUGUGGCCAAUGUGCAGACCAAUCCCAAGAAUGACUUUCGAAUAGCAAUCGAACAAUUGGUCGGAGCAAUCAAUCUCUCGCUCAGUUAUCUCAAUGUUUCCGUAUGUCUAUUUCUUUGUUAA